CGAAUUUACGUCUUUGACGGAUUUGCUGGAUGGGAUCCUAAAUACCGCAUCAAGGUUCGUGUUGUUUCCGCUCGUGCCUACCGCUCCUUGUUUAUGCGAACGAAACAUGUUAAUACGUCCUACCAAAGGAGAACUUGAAAAUUAUGGAACUCCAGAUUUCACUAUUUAUAAUGCUGGUGCUUUCCCUGCAAAUUGUUACAGGUCUGGAAUGACAACAAACACUUCGGUGGCAAUUAAUUUCCAUAUGAACGAAAUGGUCAUUUUUGAACCGAGUAUGCUGGUGAAAUGGAAAAGGGAAUAUGCCGACGGUGAUAUUUCUAUCUUCUUUGGUACUGGCAAGACCACCACCCUCUCUGCUGAUCCUAAACGUUUCUUGAUUGGUGACGAUGAACAUUGCUUGUCAGAUGAUGAAAAUACCCACUGUGCUUAUCCAAUUGAAUUAAUCCCAAAUGCUAAAAUACCUUAUAGACUGCCAAAAUUGCCAGUACAGAAGGAGAAAAGAUGGAAUUACAUUCAGCUGAUGUUUGGGUUGAUUAACACCGGAUGGAAUGUUGAUGCUUAUGUUGUUGGUAAACGCAUCAAGCUCAAGUAUUCUUGUGCCAUCAUUGAUGCUAUUCACUCGGGUGAACUCGCUGAAACUGAAUAUGAAAAUUGA